CUCAUUACACGACGUAAAUACCGUUCGCGGGAUAGUGAAAAGCCGUCGUUGACGACGUUUCAUUCAUUUGCUGACAUUUCUUGUGACUUCUUCCAAUCAUCCACUCAACAUUCACCUAGAAUACUCCGCGACCACUACCGGUAUAUCAGGCAGAUUAAGAGAACAACGUCUCAAUUAUCUUUAAAACAUAAAUUCCUUAACAUUUAAAUACUUAUCUGGCCAUAAACAUUCCUGAUUAUAAAUUGAAAAUGAAUACAAAAGAAGAUAUUAUGAAUUUUGAGUUCCCAUCAAAUAUUAACCAUAAUAUUUUAAGUGAAAAAAACUCGUAUGUGACCAUUGACUUAACAGAAGAAAAUGAGUCAACAGUUGAUAACAGCCCUGAAAACUAUAUUCAGGAAAUUAAUGUUGAAGAAGUCUAUGUCGACGAAGUAAUUGUUGAAAAAAUAAAUUUAAGAAAAUAUACAAAAAAACAAAGGGCCAAAAACCCAGAAGAUUUUUUUAUAAAUAGCCUUGGAGGUUUUAAAUAUAUAUUAAAAAAAACAUCUGACCCCAGGAACAGUACUUCAUCAUAUAAUAAAAUGAAAAAUUUUAAUGACCUUAAUACAAUGCUGCUAAAAAAUAAAUUAAAUCCCUCUACAUGUGCAGAUGAAUCUGCUUCCCUUGAAUACCACGAAGAUGAGCCACUUUAUGAGAUUAGUUGUGUUGAUGAAUCAGAUACCAGUAAAGAAGUUGAAUCUAACACAGUUGUAAUUUUUUCAAAGAGGAUUCGUGAGGAGGAAAGUAGUUUUUAUGGUGAAACAUCAAGGAACAUCAAACGUCAGAGAAACUUAAAUAGACCAGAAGAAGAAAAUAACUUUAUUUCAUCAUUUAGUGAAACUGAUAUAGAUGAUGUACUUUAUUCAAUCAUAAAUAUUGAAAAUGAAGUCUUAAAUCACGAGGAAGAAUAUAAUAUGGAUAGAUUUGUUGACUUUAAUUAUACAUCUGAAACUGAAAGACCAGCUAAUGAUAAAUAUAAUGUUUUAAUGCAGGAUAAUAAUUUGAUAAAUGAUAGUCAAGAUAUGAAUAGGAAUAAUAGUAAAGGUAUAGAUAAAAACCUUCCUAUAUUUUUAAUUGACGACGAUGAUGAUAAUGAUGCAGAAACCAGCAAACCUAACCAGAAAGUAUCUGAAUGGUGUCAUUUACAUUUAAUAAAUUAUGUUGAAUCAGAUCGCCAAGAUAUAAUAUUUCCAGGCUAUAACAAAGAGAUGUUCACAGAAUUAAAAAAUUUUUUUACUGGCAAAUUAAUGAAUGAUAAACUACAUUUUGAUCGUUGUUGUUCUUGUACUAUGAGAGAUAUAUUACAUGUAUUUUAUCCAAAAUUAUGGAUUAAUGAUAUUUUACUUGACCACUAUUUUAGGCUUUUGGUCAAAAAUCAUAAAGAUGAAGUAAUAGUGAGCUUUGAUUCAAUAUUUUUUGUUAUUUAUGAAUCGAAGGGGUUUUAUCGUGCUACCAAUUCAAUAAACGGCCCAAUAAAAAAUAUAUUUGAUUGUGAUAAGAUUAUAAUUCCCACACACGUGCAGGGUAAUCAUUGGGCCUUUAUUAUAGUAGACCUUAAGAUAUGUAGAAUAACUUAUUACGAUAGCAUAAAAACAAGUAAUUAUGAAAAGGUAAUACAAUUAUUAAAAGCUUAUAUGAACGAUGCAUACAAAAACUAUAAGAUACCAGAAGUUGACGGUAAUGCUGAAUGGACAUUAUACUAUGGGUACUGCCCUGCGCAGACUAAUGAUUAUGAUUGCGGAGUAUUUACGUGUACAAAUGCUAGACAUGCUUUAUUUGCAAAAAAUGUAAAAUACACUCAGGAAGAUACUCCACUCUUGAGACACAGAAUUACUUAUGAAAUUUUGCAUAAUGUAUUGUUACCUACUGUGAAUACUCCAGUUGCUGAGAAUACUCCAGAUACUAAGGAUACUCUAAUUUACGCGUUUAAUCUAUUUACUGAAGAUACUCCAGAUACUGUGAAUACUCCAGAUACUGCGAAUACUCCAGAUACUGCGGAUACUCCAGAUACUGCAGAUACUGCGGAUACUUCAUAAUUCUUUUUUACAGAAUUUUCAUCAAAAUUCUUACAAUAAUAAUUAAUAAAGUUAAGUUUGUAUUGUUUAUAAAAAAUGUAAUAUAUUGUGUUAUAUUAAUUAUAAUGUAUACUUGAAAUUGUACCCAAUAAGACAAAUACAAGUCAGAGUAAUAGUCUUUUUUUACUUGUGUAAAUAUAUCUGUAUAGCUAUCAACCAAUAUCAAUCUUACUCAGUCUUCCAAUAGUUUAUUGUCAUAUAACAAUAUAUAAACAUUGUGACAUUGACUUAUUUAAAUUUUCAUUUUAACAGUCGGUAGAAGAUGACCAGUUCCAUUUUGUUUUUGUAAUAUAAAUUUGAUAGUUCUUAGUCUUAAGAUUACCAUCGACAUAAAA